GCCUACCCGCUUUCUCAAUCCUGUGAUUCACAAAUUUUACACUACCGCGCGAAUCCAGAGUUUUCUUGGACAUUUCACAUUUCGAGUUUCGAAAAAUAAUUUUAAGCUUCAAUUGAUAAUAUUGGGGUGCAAAAAGUUGGUGUAGUUGUAGGGGUCACUGUCAAGUGGAGACGAAAAUGUCGUAUUUUUCGAACAGUGGUCCCACCACGAGACGUUACGGCGACCUCAGUUGGCCUAAUAUCCGAUCCGUAUGGGACGGUAAGGACAAUGAAAAUUACUUGUACAAGACCUACGUACUGUCCAGAUACACCACCUUCAUUUCUGCAUCUUUCGCUGCAUUCGACAUCAGUGUACUCCCAAGAGUUGAACCUGGCUUGGCGAGUGCCUUUGGUCGGGUAAAGUUCUAUUGUGUUCCUGCCAUAGGAGCAGGGUUGGCUUAUACGACCGCUGUCCACAUAAGUGGUAAUGUGCGUGGGAAGACGGACCAAUGGAAUCAUUGGUAUGGAGGUGCGGCUGCUGGUGCUGUCGUCGGGAAAUGUGCAAAAUCUGUACUUACUGGCGUACUAAUGGGAUUCGCUUUGGGUUUGGCUGGAUUCAUGAUGAAAGAUGCUGCAAUGUUUGACCAGUUUCCAGGACACAAGCCCUUUAAGAAAUAUGGAGGAUCGUUCUAUCAUAAGUGGGAUUAUUCUUGUCCACCAAGACAAGGAUAUUGGGUACGAACCCCUGAAGAGGUUCCUAAAAUGAUGGAACGAGGCCCACUGUGAAUGUUUCCGAAAUUUAUUCAUUAAAAACCGUCGAUUUACUGUGCACCCAAAUUGUAAAGUCAAUAUAGUAAGAUUUAGAUUUAAAUAUUAAGCCAUCUGACCAGCAGGUCAUCAGUAUCGUUGUGUAAAUAAAUUUACGAGUAUAUAAACUGUUA